AUGCGUCAACCGAAUUCCCAAGCUUUCUUAACUCGCGAACAACAAUUCAAUGAUCGAUUUCCACUAUCGGUUGUGGCAAUUCUAGCCAUUAUCCAAAUGUUAGCAACAUUUGGGAUCAUCGGACUUGAAGUUGGACAUGUGAUUAUCGAUGUCCGAUUAACAAAUCUAUUUGCUGGCUUUUGGGCGUCCGUCCCGUUUACUAUUCUAUGGAUUUCCAUGUUUGCAACAGUAUGCUGUUGCCGUCGACGAAGCUGUGCUACACAUGCACUGAUACAUAAUUGUAUUUCAUUUCUCUUUGCAAGUGCAUUAAUUGGUAUUAACAUUGCAUUCAUUCGACACCCGCACGAGUGUUUCUUUACUGGAGGACUCUGUCGAAGUUUCGGUUUCACUUGGUACAACUCGGUCAGUUGUGCUUUUGGUAGUGGUCUAGAUAAGUGUACCGAUGCUCGUAUGAUAUUCAUUAAAGUACAAUUAGCUUGUGGAGCUGUAAUGGCAGCAACAUGUUUUGCAUAUAUAAUUGCAUAUUUCAUUGUAUCUUCGAAGUCAGCACGAGCAAAUCGACAGCAAGUGCGAACAGUAGCUGACACUGUCAUGGCACCGGUUUAUUCUCAAGCAGUUUUUACUGCCCCUCCGCAAUCAUUUCAACCAUCCGCACCUGUGAUGAUGCCUGCUUAUCAUCAGGCUCCAGUUCAAUAUCACAAUCCGAGUUAUAUCCCGCCGAAUCAAUACCCGACAAUUUAUCCGGAGAUUCCACAAGAUCGGUUUUAA